CGAUAGAACAUGAAUGUAUAAAUAGUUGAUCAAUUACUUCUGAAUUCAGUUGAGUUCAACUUCUUGCUUCCGGAGACAUCCUGAGAAAGAUAUGUUUUUGUUAUCGGUUAUUUUAUCGGCGCUCUUGGCCCCGGCGCUAACAAGACCUCAAGAAAAAGCACCGCUUUCACCUCUGGUAGCCAACGGGCCUGAAUCUUCUUCUAUACCUAUAGUAAACCAAACCGAUGAAGCUAAUCCAGACGGAAGUUUUCAAUUCAGCUACGAAACAGCAAAUGGCAUCAAAGUAGAAGAAAAAGGAUACGUGAAGGAAGGUCGAAACGCAUCUGAGAAGAUUCAAGUUAUCGAAGGAAAUGUCGUCUACACCGACGUCGAAGGAAACGUUAUUAAUCUAAGGUACAUCGCUGAUGAAAAUGGAUAUCAACCAAUUGGUGACCAUAUACCACAAUCUGCUGGAGUUCCUCAGGGUGAUGCAAGAUCUGGAAAGAGUUUAUCACUUCAGUCAGUUCCGCAAACUGUUCCUUCACCUAGCAGCAUUCAGACUCCACAAAAACCUGAAAUUACCACCCAGAAAGUUAUCGCAGAACCCGUGGAAAAGGCAACAACACAAUCAUCAGUAGAGCAAUCGCAAACUACCGUUCAACCUUAAUAGCAGUAAAAAGCCAUACUACUUCUUCAUGGAAAAUUGAAUGUGAUCCUUGACUUGAUAUUUUUUUUACAAUAUUUACCCUAAUUUUGAUAUUGAAAAAGUUUAUUUUACGUUUUGAAAUAAAGUAUAUGACUGAA